UUAGUUUCUUUGUGCUGUAGCGCAUGCAAUCGGAAGAAAGUGAUUCUGGAGGCAGCUCAGAGGAAGCGUCAGUUAGUGACAAUGAAGACAAAGGCUCAUUCAAUGUUGCAGGUGAACAGCUUUUACAGGACAUUGAAGCAACUAAGCGUCAGGUUGUCAAAGUUGUGAACAGUUCAAAAAGUUGCUCUACAUUUAUUCAAUCGAUUGAGUCUAUUGAAUUGAUCAGUUUAGUUUCUAGAUAUCAAGAUAUAUUGCCUCAAAUAAUUGAUGGGAAACAGUUUUUUAUUGAUGGAGAUAGCUUACUUAUGUUUGCUCUUGCUUCCAAAGGGCUCUCAAUGGACAAUGGGGGGCAAUCACUCCACAUUAUCUAUCUGGUUGAAAAGUUUCUCAUGAUAUUUUUAUCAAGGGGUUUGAAAUUUACUGUCAUAUUUUGUGAGAUCUGGAAUAUAUGUUGGGAGCCUUUUCCUCAAUUUAGUAUUGCAAGAGCCGCUCUGAGACUACAUUUAAUGAACAACCAAAACAGAUUUAGUGUGCUGAGUGUAAGGUCAUUAUGGAGCCAGGAGUUUUCAGUUUUGAUAGAAGAUAAAAAACCAAGUUUCAUCUUGACGACUUUACAACUGCCUGAAUUUUUGACUGCCUCUAGAAAAUCUAAGGAUAAUUGGAUGCAGUUCAUUUUGAGUUCACAAUCAGUUUAUUGUGGUUUCUUACAUUUGGAUGUUGUGAACAUUGAGACUGUUCACAAUACUGCUGCUAGUCUGAUGGCAUCAGUGCACUCUCACCUCCACAACUUCAAAGGAAUCAAGGGACAAAUUGAGACACUUGAGAAGAAUAUGCCAGUCCAGAAGAAUUCCUUGGAAAUUGAUGAAUUACCUGUAUCAAACAUGAGAAGCUCCAUUCUGAUUUUAGCCGCUUGUGAAACCUUGAAGGUAAAUUAUUCAAAAACUGUGAUUGAUGUUGUCAAAACAGUGCUAUUAUCUGCAGCAUUAUUGGAAUUAAUUCCUCUCAAGAUGAGAUGUUUCAAAAAUCUUCUGGCCUUGCCAUUGCAAGUGGGUGAAAUCCUGAAGCAGUUCCAACGUGAAAUGGCCAAGAUACUGAAUCAGGUUUGUGCUGAUUCUGCAUAUAUUGACUAUAGACAGGCUGGAGAUUUAUGGCAUGGAAAAUUUAUUCAAGCCGUCUUCAACUGUGUUUGUAAAGUUGGUUCAAUAAAUUGUGCCAAUGAUCUAGGUAAUGCAAUUGCCAGUCAAUAUGAAGAGUUGCUUUCUCAUGUAAACAAGAAUAUUGAUAAAGAAGAUAUGCAUCCAUACCCAAUUCAACACAUUUGUGAGAUACCCUGUUCGGGUCAAAAUUUGGAAACGGUUUCAUCAAUAAGAAAUGAAGAUUUUGUCAGUAAACUCAUCCCAACCACAUGCAAGUUAACAGAAAUGUUCACUGGAAAAUUAGCAUGUAAUAAGCUAUUUUACUCACCAUCCCCUGUAGGUUUUGAUUUUAAUUAUGUUUUGCACGAAAACAGGCAUUGGCAUAGUAGGAAACCACUGACAGAUGCCAUUGAGCGAAUUCCUGAUAAUGCAGCCUCUAAUGCUGUAAUCGAAAGGAAUAGACAUGGCCAAACUCAGAGGAAUACUUUGGCAAGAUUCAACACACUCUAUGGACUGAGCCUUGAAGGAAGGUCUUCAUCUUUAACCAUUGUUACGAAUACAAGCAAGCCUGAUAAGAAACAAAGAAAGCAAGUUGUACAACCUAAAUCUCAAGCAAAGGGUAAGCUGAACAAGAAGGAGAAAAUUAUUGAAGCCAACCUUAAGCGUGUUGAAGAAGAAAAGCUGAGACAGAUAAAACAGAGAACAGACAGCUUCUUUACCAAAGACUUUGCUAGUUUGAUAAGCAAUCAAAACUUUAUUGCAGCUAUUGAAAACUGUGAUACUCAACUAAGGUAUGCAAAUGAGUUUCCAGAAGUUGUUCUUAAAUUCUUGUUUUUCAAGGGAAAGGCAUGUUUUGAACUUUGGAAAUCUGAAUGCUUGUUGAAACAAUCCAACCGAGAUCUCUAUGGUGCCAAGGAACUAUUUUUAGUCAUCCGAGAAAUUUUUAAAACUGUUGAAGUCAAUGGACUAUCCUUUGAUGAUAAGCAAACAAAUAAGCUGUCCUCAUGGCUUCAUGAGUUAGGCUUCAGUGCUUUGUGUUCAAUGAAAGGCCUUCCUGACCCGGCCAAAAGUGUCAAAGGAAAUUUCGAAAUUGGAAUGGAUCAUGUCCAGUUCCAACUGGUUCACCUCAAAGCUGACCUGACCAGAGAAACUGGUGGUCAGCCAGAUCUAAGAGCUGAUGGGUUUAUUCCAGAUCCAUGGCAAGUCGAACUUUUUGAUAUAAUAGACAAGAAACAGUCUGCUGUUGUUAUUGCCCCAACAUCAUCUGGAAAGACGUAUGCCAGCUAUUACUGCAUGGAACAAGUUAUAAGGGAGAGUGACGAUGGUGUUGUAAUAUAUGUCUGUCCGACAAAAGCCCUCGUCAACCAAGUCUUUGCUACAAUUUAUGCAAGAUUUAAUAAGACCCUACCUCCUGGAAAAACACUUCUUGGAAUACUCACAAGAGACUUCAGACAAAAUGAGUUAAACUGCCAGAUUUUAACAACCGUUCCAGAAUGUUUGGAGAUCCUGCUUUUGUCCCCAAGAUGUCAAACUUGGACUAGAAGAAUCAAAUAUGUAAUUUUUGAUGAAGUUCAUUGUCUGGUUGCUCAGAGCGGUGGACUUUCUUGGGAGAAUUGUAUUCUUUUGAAUCGAAGUCCAUUUCUAGCUCUCUCUGCUACCAUUUCCAAACCGGAAAACUUUUGUGGAUGGUUGCAGAAAGUGGAAGAUUUCAAGCAGAAGCAGGCAGAUGAGUUUGGACUUAAUGAUAGGUGUUCAGACUCCUACAAAGUUAGUCUUAUUUUGCAUCUGGAAAGGCAUAACCACCUCAUAAAGAAUGUCAUGAUGAAGGAUGGUACUAUAUCUCAUGUACACCCUUACUCAUUUUUGAGUCAAAGAGCAAGUUCCAUUCCUGAACACAUUUCCUUGUCUCCUGAUGAGGCAUUGGAACUGUAUGUGUCAAUGAAACAAAUUCUAAAAUCAGAAGAUGUUAGUAACCUUUGUUUACUAAAAUAUUUCCAUGAGCUUUGUCCUUCGGGAUUUCUGUCAAUGCAAUCAGUGCGUAAGUUCAGUGAAACACUGAGGAUUAUCCUUAGUAAUGAAAACAAAGGAAACAUUCGCAAAGUGCUGGACAGUUUCCGCCCAGUGGAUUUUGAUAAUGUGGAAACAACACAUGAGUAUAUCAUAAAAAAUAUUCCUGUUGUUCUAAAUUCUUUGAAGAAAAAUGGUUUGUUGCCAGCAUUGGUAUUCUCUUACAACAGAGGUUUAGUCGAAGCAUUAUCAGGAGAAGUGUUGGAAUAUCUGAGAAGUAUCUAUGAUUUUGCUGAAGACAAAGAAACUGAUGUAGAAUGUGAAUCUGACACAGAAACUAAGAAACUAAAUUCAAAUAAAGAAUUCAGGAGGUUCAGACCAAAAAGGACUUUCAGAAGGAAACUUGGCAUCAUGAGAGGGCCCUCCAUCCUUAGCAGCGCCGGCUCACUGAGAGGCGCAGGAGUCCAUGAUGAGAAACUAAUUAAUUUCAUAGAGCACAGACUAGUGAAAAUAGGAUACACUGCAAUGAGAGAAUUCCCCAGUUUGCUUCGUAGAGGUUUGGGAAAACAUCAUGGAGGCAUGAAUAAUAAAGAAAGAAGCGCAGUUGAAAUGCUGUUCCGUUCAAGAGUUCUGAAUUUAGUGUUUGCUACUGGUACACUGGCUCUGGGCAUUCACAUGCCGUGUAAGACAGUAAUUGUAGCUGGGGACAGCCCAUACCUUAAUUCUCUUGAAUUCCAGCAGAUGUCAGGCCGUGCAGGAAGAAGAGGUUUUGACAAAGAAGGAAACGUAAUUUUUUAUGGACUGCACAAACGUAAGAUGGAAGAUUUGAUGACUGGUAGUUUACCAGCAAUGGUGGGAAACUUCCCCUUGUCCUGCUCUUUAAUCCUCCGCUUACUCCUGCUAGUGGCUGAUACUACCAUUGAAGGCAAGGUUUCCAAGGAGGCUACUGCUGAAUCAUAUGCAAGAGCAUAUACUUUGUUGGAAAAUGGGUUGUUGUACGAGUCCCAAGAACAUUUGAAAAGUAAAAUGAAGUAUUACUUUUCAUUUGUUAUCCAAUUUCUGAUGCGCCAGAAUCUUCUCGGAAGUGAUGGUCAACUCCAUGUAGACGCCAAAUUUAUUACACAUCUGCAUUACCAUGAACCUGGAAAUUUUGCUUUUUAUUUUCUUCUAAACUCCGGAAUUUUGGAAGAAAUGUGUGAAUGUCAUAAUGGGCGUGUUACUGAAGAAUCCCUGCGGAACUUAGUAACAGUUUUGAAUUUUAUUUUUGGGAGAAUUCCUAUCCCUAGUUACCCCAUCAAGAGGACUAACUCAAUGGUCAUUCUCCCUCCUUUGCCUCAGCAGGUCACUGAUACUCUCAAAAAGUACAACAGGAAGGUAUUAUACACAUUCAGUCAUUACUUCAAGUGUAUUGCAUCAGAACUGCAGGAAAAGUUUGGUGAUGAAAAGAGUCUUCCCCUUUCUGGGGUGAAUUGUCAAUCUGAAGAAGUGUUACUUCCAGAAACCUUUGGAGAAGGGAAAGUUCUGCCAACACUGGGACGCAUAUGCAGUCACAGUAAUGUUUGUUCCGUCUUUGCGGGUUUAUCUGGAAACACAGAUGAAGAUGUGUCUUCAUCUUUGGGUGAUAUUCGUCAUGUUAGGGAUGAUGUAAAUGUUAAAAUAGUACCUACAAUAGAACUUGACUUUGAAUGCAACGCUUAUGUUUUGGACUUCUACAAACAUGGUAUUGCAAAAGCCAUUUGUAGAGAAAAUGGUUUACGGGGUGGUACUGAUUUUGCUAUGUUGAAAGACUUCUUACUAGUUUCAAAGUCAAUUUUUGUGUCGUUAUCAGAGAUACUGAGUCCAAAUGCCAAGUUACUUCAAGCCAUGAAACAGAUUGUUGCCACUUUUGAGACCAACUUUAAUAAAGCUUACUUAGCUUAUCAAGGACCUUGAUGCAGUAUAAGGAUUAAUGUUUAACAAUCCACUUUUGUACAGUCUCUUGUACUGUCUUUUCCAAAAGCUUAUCAGCAUAAUUAUACUGUUAGUGUCUUCAAUCAUAACAUCAUUGGCCCUAAUAAAUUUUGAGAAUCUUGAA